AUGUAUGUAUAUUCCAGAAAAAUGCUUGUCAAAGUCAAGACUCUGACCGGAAAAGAAAUCGAGUUGGACAUUGAAGGGAACGAUCGCGUGGAGAGAAUCAAGGAGAAGGUUGAGGAGAAAGAAGGCAUCCCGCCACCACAACAACGUCUAAUCUUCGCGGGGAAACAGAUGAACGACGACAAGACCGCUGCGGAUUACAAGGUCGUUGGAGGAUCGGUGCUCCAUUUGGUGUUGGCACUCAGAGGCGGUCUCUAG